GCGGCGGCCAUGGUCACGAUCCUAGAGGAGGCGCUCGCCGCCCUGGGCACGGACCCCAUUCUUGCCGAGGCCCGCAAGAACAUCGAAAAGGACCUGGAGAAGCAGAAAACAGCCGCGAAGGACAGCACGAGUGCGGCUGCCAAGCUCGAGCAGAAGAAGGGCUGGAUCGAGCGCGUGGAUAUCAACGGGGUCGCAGCGCUUCGCCGCAUCAUCGCCGAGGGCGAGGAGGAGGAGCCGGAACAAAAGGACAUGCAGGUGGGCAAGGGCGGCAUCCCCGUGGAGGCCGUCGCCGAGUUGCGGAAGUUGGAGCGCCAGGAGCUGGGCAUCCGGAGGAGCAUAGGGAGGAAGCGCGUUGUCACCACGGACCCAGAGAUGUCGGAAGAAGAGUUGUUCGAGUUCGUCGAGGAGGCGGACACCCUUGCCGUGGACAUCGACGCCAAGCGGCAGAAGCUCGAGAAG